CAUGAGAAUGUUGUUUUUGUUAUUUUGUCUUUAUCUACUAUCAUUUGCAUGUUGUGAACGCUUUGUUCUUUAUUGUCCCUGCUCGGGGCGCCUUGGAAACCAGCUGGAUCAUCUUCUGGGAACUAUGAAGUUUGCCGAGGAGUUCAGGUUCACCAUAGUACUGAUGCCAUUCAUACAUUACUACCCCGUUGCGCCACUUGGCUCAAUUUCUUUGACAGCUUUUGAAGAUAUUUUCGACACAGAUAUGUUUUCAAACCCGAAACAAGACCACGGCACGUUUUUGAAAACAAUUUCAUGGUCUAAGCUUUCCAAAAUUAUUCCUGACGUUUGGCCAAAAGAGUCUCGAAAUUUGAAUUGCCUUGUCAAAAUUGAUAAUGAAAAGAUUAUUUCUAAAUUACCGUGCGAGUUGCCUAGUCAUUUACCGUACAAUUCUUACUGGAAAAAGUUGAAUAUUAGUUUUAGUGGCGGUAAAACACUCUCUUUUGCCCAUUUAACGAGUGAGCUACACUUACCUGGUAGAAAUAGAACUUCAGUUGUCGCUCUUCUCAAAUCGCCGGGUAGCAGUCCUCCUCUCAAGACAGAAUACCAGUACCAAUCACACCUUUCGUGGGCAGAGCUUUUCAAACUGAAAAUGGCCGAAAAAGUACCGCAAAGGCCGUAUCUUGCAGUGCAUAUACGAGUGGCAUCCGACAUGGCGAAAUCUUGCGCGCGAAUCAAAGACAACCCUGGUAUUUUUGCUUUCAAACAGUGCGCUGACGAAAACAUUCCACCGAUUGAAGAAAACUGCGUGCCUAGUGCUAACACAAUUUUGAAUAAUAUCUAUCAAAAUUUGAAAAGUUUUGAUCAUAUUAGAGCUGUUUAUUUGGCCACGGAUUCGUACUAUUUUGUUCAGAAGCAAAUUUACGCAAUAUUACGAGAAAAAUAUUCAAAUUUUAAAAUUUAUUUGAAUCCUGCUAGUACAGAGUUUGGUGAUUUGUAUUUGAUGGAGCAAGCAGAUGUUUUUCUUGGCUCCUGUGUUUCAACGUAUUCUGCAUUUGUUGUUCGGUCAAGACGACUGAACAACAAAGUCGUCAAAUUUAUUCACGUAUCGAAUGAAACUGAAGCCUCGAAUGGAAUCGCAAAGGAAAACAAUCGUUCUGAUCUUUGAAAGGGUCGUUUUGUCUUU